AUGGACAUGCUCAUGAAGAGCGAGUUGGGCCUGCAAGACAAAGACCCCCGGGUUCUGUGGGAGGAGGACCUCCAGCUUGCGACCUCCAUCCUUCAAAUCCUCAUCCCGCAAUCCAAUCUUGGAAAAUCGGAAAUCAAAAAAAUCGCUCACAUCAAGAAAGUACCGGGGGGCAACACUCAAAUAUAUGGGGCUCCCGUUUUCGAUAAACAAUGGAGGCUCAACGUGAAGGAUCCCUUUCCGAGUCAGAGGAAACGUAAGAUGCCAGUUCGGCGUGCCCCGUUGCAGACUCAAAUCGAGUCGCAGAUAGAUACCGACGUGGAAGAGGAUUUCAUGCCAGAGACGAAAGGCAGCUUGGAAAAGCAUGUUUUCGUCAAAGCUGGAAGGAAAAGAGCAAACUUGAAGUCUGCAGAGGAGCCGGAAGAAAAGAAUUGGGAGCGUCUUUUCCGGGCGAUAUACUAUUAUAUGCGCGAGAUGCUCAAGGAGCAAAUUCAAAAGCGCAAUAGUGGUCACUCGCGACCCUUUCACCCUCUACCUUUCAGAGAACUACCAGAUCUCCGGUACUGGUCCUCAGAGUUCGCUAUCAGUCCUUUUCCGGACGCCACCGAUUCGUGGAAGUCUGGUCUUGUCCUCCUGGACUACAAGCUCCGAAAGUUAGACUCCUCCGAAAAGUCCUGGAAGGACGUCCUCACAGGAAUCGAGAUCACCCAAUCUGAUCUUUCCAGCGAUCGCAAAAUUCCUUUGUUCUUGGGCAUCGUUACCAAGGGUUAUCUGAUGAUGCGGGAGCAACCAUGGCGUCGUUUUGUCCUGCUUUUCAGUAUCUCCAAAUUCAAACUUCGUGCCCAUUAUAUAGAUCGCUCUGGCUUGGUGAUAUCAGAACCACUCCAGAUUGAUAGAUUCCCCGUACGUUUUGUCGACGUCUUAAAUACCACUACUUUGGCAAAUCGUUCCUCCCUUGGCUUUGAUCCAACAAUUCACAUCUGCAACUCUUGUAGCACCGUCCCAAGUCACACCAAUUUGCCGGACGGCUUCGAUACCAUGCUUCCCGGGGCGAUAGGCUGGGUUUACGAUAACGACCAGAACGUGUAUUGGAUCAUGGAGAUUCUAUGGAAAAGCCGCGGAUUUUUCAAGCGCGGAACCGUCUGUUAUCGCGUUCGAGACAAGUUUGGUCGGGAGUACGCGCUGAAGGAUUGUUGGGUCAACGAGGACGUCAAGGAUGUCGAAAUAGACUUUCUGAAAGCGGUCGACGGCAUCCAAAAUGUGGUUCAACUCGUCAAAUAUUGGGAUGUACUUUAUGAUGGGCAGCCCGACUCCACAUCGCACAUUCGCAGUCAUUGCCCGACAUUCGUAUUCAAGAAAAAAAUUCAUCGCCGUAUUCUCUUGACACCCUGUGGGCUUCCACUGACGCAAUUCAACGACAUACUUGAGCUUAUCGGGGUUUUUCGUGACCUCGUGGUUGCCCACAAAGCCAUGGUUGGCCGACGUGUCCUUCAUGGAGACCUCAGCCCUAAUAAUAUUAUCAUUUACGAAGGAAAAGGCUACUUCAUAGACUUUGACCAUGCAAAGUUUCUCGAUGCUGAUGGAAAAGCUGACGAGAGUCCACGUGGUACUGGAACCAUACCAUACAUAUCCUUCCGCGUUCUUCGCCUAAUGGGAGAUGGUCAUUCGGUCCGACACACGCCCUGCGACGAUCUCGAGUCGCUCUUCUAUAUCCUACUUGAAUUCACUGUUGUGUAUUUAGGACCCAAGGGUGCACUGGCCCCCCGACUUGACGAGGAGAAUUUGCAUCGGGACCCCGUUCGGAGGUGGGGGAUCGACUAUGAGAGUUUGACCUUUGAUAGUCUCGCGACCAGCAGCAUGUGGAAGCGUGAAUUCAUCCAUGGUCUCACUGAUCCCCCGCUAGUCACCUCGUACUUCACACCCUGCCGCCCCCUCCUCGAUGAGUGGCGUCAGGCGAUUUCAUUCGCAAGUACUCAGUUGACGGCCAUCUCUCACGACAACAUUUGUGAUGUUCUAACACGGGAGUUAAGCUCGAUCAGUCAGCAACUUGCCCAAACACCUCCUCCUGCACUUCCAUCCACGCUGGAGCCAACGAUAGCUCUGUCGCCUUCUCCUGCACCACUCACAUCACAGCUGGUUACAACCGUCGCCGCGUCGCUUACAGUGUCUCGAUCUGUGCCUGUUCGUGCGACAUCUGUCCCCUUGCCGCUUCCUGAUCCUCCCUUAGCUGUCCGUCGCCCUCGUCGUCCAAACCGGGUGCCUGGCAAACGCUAG